UUGUUAUACUGCAUAUUCCCUCCACUGCAGCAUAAGAAGUUUACAUUUGUUGUUUUGGAUUGAAGUUAGAUGAGAGCGGUUGGUGAUGCGUCUUGAAAGUUUGAGAGUGGAAUGAUUCAUAAAGCCUUUUCGUUAUUCCACAGCAGGACACCUUUUUGCCCCAUCAACUCUCCCUUACCUUAUGCGUCAACAUAAUAUUUAUUGAUCUCUAUGUUUGAUCGUCUUCUAGGAUCAGCUUCAAUCGAGAUCGCUUUGUUUUGCUACCUCGCCUUGUCUUUCUUACCGUCGGUACCUGUGCGUCCUGGCCUGUGGAACCUCGAAUCUAUUUGACCAGUGAGUGCAAGGUGGCCUUGGCCUUGGCCAACACAACUCCAACAACGCCCAUAACUGGUUGCGCGGGCACCACCAAAAGGAUUCAUAUUAGUCUCGACGCCAUGUUAUGAUUGCCGAUUCAUUCCUUUAUUAUUAUGUCAGCCGCUUUUAUUGUUUCCGUUAUUGCUGGCGCCCUCAGCUGUGUCUUCCUGGUAUGGCUGAUACGUGGUCUUGCGAUCCUUAUUCCGACUCGCUAUCAGCCAUCUCAGAAAGCUGAAGAUGAUCAUAUUCAGAUUCUUGUCGUCGGCGACGUCGGGCGCAGUCCUCGCAUGCAAUAUCAUGCUUUGAGUGUUGCCAAACAUGGUCGCAAUGUCGAUAUCGUGGGCUACAAAGAAACCUCAAGACAUCCCGAUCUCAUCGGGAAUCCUCGCGUCACUAUGUAUGCACUCCCACCACAACCUGAGGUCCUCCAAUGGGGAACAUUGCCCUUCUUUCUCAACAUUCCUCUCAAGGUUUUAUGGCAGUUCUGGGGCUUGUUCAGUACCUUGAUGUACGAUGCUCCUGCUGCAAAAUGGAUCAUCAUUCAAAACCCUCCCUCAAUUCCAACUUUUCAUGUUGCACUCUUGGUUUCCUUCCUACGAGGCAGUAAGCUUGUAGUGGACUGGCAUAAUUAUGGCUACACCAUUCUGGCGCAAGGGAAGUGGUAUGUUAAGCCAUUGGUUCCUGUGUACCGUUGGUAUGAAACCGGUUUCGGACGCUAUCUAGGAGAUAUCAACCUUUCUGUCACCGAUGCUAUGGCCCGCCAGCUCAAGGAGAAGCCUUUCAGCCUGAAGCGUUCUGUCCUCACACUUCAUGACCGACCUGCUCAGGUGUUCCAACCUAUUCUCUCUACUGCAAAACGUCUGGCCUUUUUGUCUCGACUUGCAGAGACUAAAGACAUUGCCAAGGAUAUUGUCGAUGGAGCAGUACGGCUCAUCGUGAGUAGCACUUCCUGGACGCCAGACGAGGACUUUGGUCUGCUCCUGGAUGCUCUCGUCUCCUAUGCCAGUUCUGCCGAGGCCUCGCCCAUCCUAGCUAUAAUUACUGGUAAGGGUCCGCAAAAAGAACUCUAUCUUGAAAAAAUCAAGACACUUCAGGAGGGGGGUAAACUGCCUGGCGUUCGUAUCAUAACAGCGUGGCUUUCCACGAGGGACUAUGCUUCACUUCUUGCUUCGGCAGACCUUGGUAUCUCGCUGCACAAGUCCAGCUCGGGCGUUGAUCUUCCCAUGAAGGUGGUGGACAUGUUUGGUGCUGGUCUCCCUGUCGCAGCAUACUCGGCUUUUGAGAGCUUCAGCGAGCUUGUCAAGGAAGGUCAAAAUGGCUGUGGUUUCGAAACUUCAUCAGAAUUGUCGGAGAUUCUCGCGAGACUUCUGAGCUUUUCUGGACAAGAGGAGUUGGCUCGUUUGAAGAAGGGUGCAGUUAGUGAAGGCUCUCUGAGGUGGGAUCAGGAAUGGGACCGCGUAGUUGGCAAAGUCAUUGGGCUUGUUGGUGAAGAGAGCAUUUAGAUAUUGCAACUCAAGAAGGAAAUUAACGACCAAACACCAUCGUAAUGUUCCUGUGCAACGAUAGGAAGGGUCACUAUUUCACUGAUGGUUCAACACUGAUAUAAAAUACGCCCAAGGCUCCAUGACACCACUUGAACGCUGGUGAUCGUUCGCAAGGCGUUCCCAACCACCUAACGCCAACCCACAUAUCCUUCGCACUCCCAUGAUAGCCACAUAUAUAGAGAAUAGCCCUGCAUCUAAUCCUCUCCCAAGCUCUCCCUCACACACUUUCUGCAGCGUCUCCGGAAGUCCUUG